CUCGCUCCUUCUUAUCUUCUACACCUAUACCCCAAAUCCAUCUCUCCGACAACCAAACCAGUUUUCGCAUCAACCAAAUCUGUGAGGAGCCUCUCUGGCCUCAAAGAUGACGUCAUCACCGGCGGCCAAACCCUCUUGGCUCAAAUCGAGCCUUCAAUUUCCAGCACCAACGGGACCAAGAGGGAGGUCAUCAGGCUUAAAGUGGAGGGUCCGGAGAUCAAAAUCGGAGCUCUGGUCGACGACGGAGGUGGAAUCUGCUUUGGUAGGGAGCAGCGGAGGAGCUCUAGUCAGGAAGGACUUGGUGUUCGAGCCUUUAUCAGAGGACUCCAAGAGUUUCUGCUGCCAGAAGCUUCUCGAAUUCAUUGAUUCUCUUGGAUUGGUGAGUAGUGAAAGUGGGGAAUUGGAGCAGGGGCUAAUGAUAGGACUGGUAAGGAGCGGAAGAAGCUGCUUCCUUGUUUGAGGUCUUGUCUUGGUGUUGAUUGCAGUG